GUGGUGAUCAAUGCUGGCAUUUAUUACAUGCAUCAUUUUUACGAGGUGUUUUCCCCGGAAACCAUCAAGCCGAUUUUGGUCGCGAUUGCUGCUUUCUACUGUGCUUGCAAAACCGAGGACUUCUCCCGGAAACUAGCAUUUCUUAUCAAGGCCACUUAUGAGAUAUUGAAGCGCCCUGUACCCAACGAAGCCUCAGACACAUUCAAGCGGCUAGUGCAGAAUAUCCACGCACUUGAGGCCACCAUCCUUAUGGUGAUUGGGUUUCAAACACUGGAGGUUAAACAGCCCCAUGUGUUGCUAAUAAAUGCAAUACGUGCAAACAAAUUCCCCAAGGAAAUCUCUCACACAAGCUAUUACAUUUGUACCAACAUACUUCACCUGACCACAUUAAUACUUCGACAUUCCGCGGAGGCUAUUGCGGCGGCCAGUUUAUACAUCGCCGCCAAAUGGAAUUCCUCGGAUAUCCAGUCACCAAACGGAGAGUGGUACCACAUCUUCUCACCCAACCUGACUUUCGAUGAAAUCUCGAAAAUCACGGAGGAAUUCACACUAGCAUUUCAAGCUUGUGACUUGAAAAUUAAGGAGCAGUUGCGCACAACUCUUCGC